UCAAAGACUGGCACACCGGGCAGGACUCCACGGGCAGCGGCACAUCGGGCUGGACUCCGGGCAGAGGCACAUCGGCUGGACUCCGGGCAGAGGCACAUCGGGCAGAGGCACAUCGGGCUGGACUCCGGGCAGAGGCACAUCGGGCAGGACUCGGGGCAGAGGCACAUCGGGCAGGACCCCGGGCAGAGGCACAUCGGGCAGGACCCCGGGCAGAGGCACAUCGGGCAGGACCCCGGGCAGAGGCACAUCGGGCCCCCAGGCGGAGCGGCAGGCGCCGGACCCCCAGGCGGUGCGACAGGUCUCGGGCCCUCAGGCGGAGCGACAGGUCUCGGGCCCCCAGGCGGGGCG